GGGGAGUCAAUUGCUUUGUUUCUCUCUGCUGUGUUAAAAUAACACAUAAAGCAGAAUAAACUGGUUGUGUUUGGUUAAAUCAGAUUUUCUUUGGACAAUAAUGCAAGUCAGGGCCUUUGUUUGUUAAACAGCAAACAAACAAGGCUGCUGCAUGGUAUAAGCUACACUCCAGCCUCGGCUUUUUAUGGAUCUUUUUCGUCUUUCAUUCAAAGUUUGGAUUUUACUUACACUAAUAAAUUAGUAUGUAAUUUAUAAAACUGCACAGUGAUAGAAUGGCUAACAUUGCCUACUGGACUUUAGUGGAAUGUAUCUGUAGAAUUCUUGGAGUUUCCACAGCAGCAGUUCUUCUUGGAGUGGGAGUGGAAACAGCCCUUCAAGGAAAGUUUGAAAGCCUUGCUGUUUAUCUUCUUUUUUCAGCUGCUGGUGUUAGUCUUUUUGAGAUAUCUUUCUUCAUUGACCUGUUGCUGUCACGAUGUUUGCUGUGCACAUCAAAUUCAACUCUAUCCGUUUUGUGGACUAAAACAGCAAGACUGGGUGGUUUCCAAAAGUUUUUAGCUUAUACGCUCAUGUCCAUUGUGUGUUUUCUCCAUCCAGUACUUGUGUGGCAUGCCACUAUUCCAGGAGCUAUGCUUGUAAUCACAGGCAUAGCCUACUUCAUAUUAAGUAAGAAAAAGAAGAUCAGACAAACACAAGGAAAUGGCAGUGAAACUGAGAGUUAUAUUGAUCCUUCAGCUACUGCUAUGGAUGUCACUGCAGCCGGAGACACCGAACAAACCUAUAGUUUCAACCUUGCUGCUAAAAAACAAAAGUCUGCAGCCUUAAAGUACAUCCAGAGUGUACUGAAAAUUAACCAAACUGAAAAGAAAAGGCACCUCUCAAAUCCAGAUGAAGAUAACUUGGAGCAGCAGAAAAGGCAAAAAAAACAGGUUCAUUUUAGGGAGAAUGAGGUAAAGAUUAUUCCUACAGAUGAAACCAGCCUGACAGACCAGGAGUCUGAGUUACAGGAAACAACUUCAGACACGGUACCUAUUAUCUUGUCAAGAAAAUAACACUUUGUCGUAUCCAUGAUGUCCUCAAGGCACCCAAGGAACACUGCUGUUUAAUAAUAUCAUGUUGGAAGCGGAAGCCAAAAGAAAAUCUGACGUCAAACUGAAACUGUGCUCCUCAUUUGUGGUGAAUCCUCUGUGUUUGUUAAGUGUUAUUGCCUAUAGACUCAAAGUAGAUGGAUGGAUUUUCUUUGAGUAAGCAAUGUUGUAUUAUAGUUUAAAUAAGAAUUUUUACAGAUACUGUAAUGAUAUAUAGUCAAUAAUGAUCACAAUAAAUAUUGUAAGUCACUUAUUUUGGCAAUGCUUGAGAAAUGAUUAUGAUAAUCAAAUUCCCAUACAUGUGCAAAUACACAUACUCACAUCAUGCAAUCAAUAAGUGACUUUAUAAGAAAAUACAGUGUGUGAUACAGUACUAUGGAGUCAUGAAGCACUGCACCAUCUAUUGAAUUUCUUUACAGUUUUAUUCAUGUACUGCCUGCCUGUAAGUUAAGUUAUAGUUUAAUGGGACAUAUUUCUCAUCGUCCUUUUACAUUUACUAAUUUACACUUAAUCAAGAUUUGUUUUACUUUUCUAAGAAAUGUACACAGGCAUUUUGUUUUACUGAGCUAAUUCUGUAUGCUAAGAUUUUGCUUUUAAGCUUUUUUCAAACUGAAUGUUAUUAAGGCAACUGCUUGGUGUUGAGGAAACAAACUUAAAUAGAAAACAGAAUUAGCAGUCUCAGCUCAGAAUGUACACUAUAGUGAUUUGCACUGGAAAUUGCUGCUAGUUAACAUUGAUGUAAAUGAAAAAUAUUUCAAAUAAGUAACAAAAAGUAAAUGUUAAAAAAGGGAAAAUCAAAUAAUAAAGAGGAUAAUGUGAAUCAUGCGUGGUUAAAGCCUUAGACAAUACACCAGUCCUUUAAGAUUCAGAAUGCUGUUUUUCUUGGUAAGUGUGAUGGGAUAACAACGCUAGUCUUUCAGAAUUGCUUUCAAAGUUUAUUUUCUACCCAAAGAAACAAUUAAACAAAUUAAGGAAAGAUUAGUA